CCGUUCCCCGGAGUCCUGUCCCGUCUUCUACGACAGGCCGAAAAGCAGCGGCGGCCGAUCGCGCCGGACAGAACCGGGCCAUCAUGGGGAAAAUCGCGCUGCAGAUCCGAGCCACGCUGGAGAACGUCACCAACCUGCGGCCAGUGGGCGAGGACUUCCGCUGGUACCUCAAGAUGAAAUGUGGCAACUGUGGUGAAAUUUCCGACAAGUGGCAGUACAUCCGCCAGAUGGACAGUGUGGCCCUCAAGGGAGGCCGAGGCAGUGCCUCCUCAGUCCAGAAAUGCAAGCUGUGUGCUCGGGAAAACUCAAUCGGAAUUCUGAGCAACACCAUCAAGUCUUACAAUGCUGAAGACAAUGAGAAGUUCAAAACCAUAGUGGAGUUUGAGUGCCGGGGCCUCGAGCCAGUUGAUUUCCAGCCCCAGGCUGGGUUUGCUGCCGAAGGAGUGGAGUCAGGGACCGUCUUCAGUGACAUCAAUCUGCAGGAGAAGGACUGGACCGACUAUGAUGAAAAGGCUCAAGAGAGUGUGGGAAUCUACGAGGUCACCCAUCAGUUUGUGAAGUGUUGAACCCUCUGCCUUUAUCCUUACCUUAAGAACAAAGAAAAGACUUGAGCCCCACUCAAGCAGCAGAGUCCAGAGGCUGGUCCCCUGUCCCCUUAUCCCCUAGCCUCCGCACCAGACCCUCAUAGUCUGUUGGAGCUUCCCAGUGCCCACUCCAUAGAGCUGCUUUUCAUGCCACCCUGGUGCAUGAAGGUAGAGUCAGGUAGCAACUCCUCCCUCCUCACGUUUGAAUUGAGGCUGGAGGUCUUUGCUUCCUGGCACCUCCCUACUGUUCAGAUUCCCAUGUCUGUCCCAGUUUGUCAAUUGUGAAGCUGCACACAGCUCCUAAGGACUCGCCAGCUGUUGGGGAGCAGCAUGUCAACCCAGAGGAUCUGAGGUGUCAAGACCAGCAGCGCAGAGUGGUGGAUCUUGCAGAAUGUGUCAUGAGCCUAGCAGGCACUGUGCUGAUCAGCUUGGCCCUCAAAUAAACUCAGCCAUCUCUU